AUGGCCCAGAAAUACCCUCGGCGCUUCGCGCCCCUCCGAGCGGGAGCCGCUGCUGCUGGCAGCAGCAGCAGCAGCAGCAGCAGCAGCAGCAGCAGCAGCAACGACCUCCCCACACUCCAGGGCAUCGUCUUUGACGUGGAUGGGACAUUGUGCAAACCUCAAAACCACAUGUUCGGCCAGAUGCGCCAAGUCCUCGGCAUCCCCAAGUCCGUCGACAUCCUCGAGCACGUCUACUCCCUCCCCCCCGGCCCGGGCAAAGGCGGCCAGGACGAGGCCAUGGAGUCCAUCCGCGCGAUCGAGAGGGCCAUGAUGGUCGAGCAGGUCGCGCAGCCCGGGCUGGUCGAGCUCAUGGAGUACCUCGACGCGCGGGGCGUGCGCAAGGGCAUCUGCACGCGCAACUUCAGCGCCCCCGUCGAGCACCUGCUCGGCAAGUUCCUCAAGGGCAGCGUCAUCCAGCCCGUGGUCACGCGGGACUUUAGGCCGCCCAAGCCGGACCCCGCGGGGAUCCUGUUCAUCGCCAAGGCGUGGGGCCUCGUGCGAGAUCCUGCUGAGCUUCUUGAUCCCUUCUCUGCUGCUGCUGUUGGUGGAGCCGGUGAUGCCGCCGCUCCCGCUCCCGCCGCCGCCGCCGUCGAGGACAAGGCGCAGGACGGGCCGGUCGAGCGCGCGGAAAAGGCCGGCGCCAGGGACACCGACGCGGCGUCCGGCAACGUCGUCACCCGAGUCGGUGAUGCCUCGCAGCUCAUCAUGGUCGGCGACAGCAUCGACGACAUGACUGCCGGCCGCAGGGCCGGUGCGGCUACUGUUCUGCUCGUCAACGAUGUCAACAGGCACCUCGCCGAGCACGAACACACGGACCUGGUGGUUGAGCAGCUCGACGAGCUUGUCGAGAUUCUUGAGCACGGUUUCACAGGCAGAACAAUCUCAUAG